UCUUCUAUCAUCUUCUCCAAAGAAGGUCCGAAGAUUAAAAAAAAUCCGAAGCUGCUUCGCUUCUUUCAAUCUCUUUUCCAAUUUUUGAUUCAUCAAAAGAAACAUCCUUUGUGAGAGAUUCACAGAGGAUAAUCCAAUUCCGAGUGUUCUAACUUCUGAGUCUAAUUUAGAGAAUCCAAUCCAAUUCGAUGGAUUUAGAUAUGAACGGAGGAAACAAGAGAGUCUUUCAUAGACUAGGCGGCGGUGGUGGCAACUCGAAUCGUCCCAAGACGGACUCGAAUCAGAAGGUUUGUUUCCACUGGCGAGCUGGACGGUGCAAUCGCUACCCUUGCCCGUACCUGCAUAGAGAAUUGCCGGGUCCUGGUCCUGUCGCAACUUCGUCUUCGUCUACGAACAAAAGGGUCGCUGAUGAAUCUGGUUUUGCGGGUCCGAGUCAUCGGAGAGGGCCUGGGUUCAGCGGGAGUGCUAAUAAGACCUGGGAGAGAUUUGGUGGGAACAGAAGAACUGUGACUAAGACGGAGAAGCUUUGCAAGUUUUGGGUUGAUGGGAAUUGUCCUUACGGUGAUAAAUGUAGAUACUUGCAUUGUUGGAGCAAAGGGGAUGGUUUCUCAUUGUUGACUCAGCUAGAUGGGCAUCAGAAGGUUGUCACUGGGAUUGCUUUGCCGUCUGGAUCCGAUAAGCUUUACACUGCGAGUAAAGAUGAAACUGUGCGGAUAUGGGAUUGUGCUUCAGGACAGUGUACAGGUUUACUCAAUCUUGGUGGGGAAGUUGGCUGCAUGAUUAGUGAAGGCCCCUGGCUAUUGCUUGGCAUGCCAAAUCUUGUUAAGGCGUGGAAUAUCCAAAGCAAUGCAGACCUGAGUCUCACUGGACCUGUUGGCCAAGUAUAUUCACUGGUUGUUGGUACUGAUCUGUUGUUCGCUGGCACACAAGAUGGCUCUAUUUUAGUUUGGAAAUACAAUAGUACCACUAGCUGUUUUGAUCCAGCUGCAUCACUAAAGGGCCACACCCUUGCAGUUGUUUCUUUAUAUGUUGGAGCAAACAGACUCUAUUCUGGUGCCAUGGACAAUGUUAUAAAAGUUUGGAGCCUAGAUAAUCUGCAGUGUAUACAAACGCUUACAGAGCAUACUUCAGUUGUCAUGUCUCUCAUUUGCUGGGAUCAAUUUCUUCUGUCAUGUUCAUUGGACAACACUGUCAAGAUAUGGGCUGCUACUGAAGGUGGAAACUUAGAAGUGACAUAUACUCACAAAGAAGAAUAUGGCGUGUUAGCUCUCUGUGGCGUCCAUGAUGCAGAAGCCAAGCCAGUACUGUUAUGUUCGUGCAAUGACAAUUCAUUGCACCUGUAUGACUUGCCAUCGUUUACGGAAAGGGGCAAAAUUUUGGCAAAGCAAGAGAUUCGGUCGAUCCAGAUAGGCCCCGGGGGCAUAUUUUUCACUGGCGAUGGAAGUGGUCAAGUUAAAGUAUGGAAGUGGUCAACGGAACCAACUGUCAUUUUGUCUUGAGGCUCCAAACAGAGCCCUAGUUCCUCAUCAUUGUCAAAAUCUCUUCUUCGCCGAGUGGCAAGAGUUCUUCCUGUUUGUUUUGUUCUACUGAGAGCUCGUCAAUAGCAUCAAGGCAUCUGGCUCUCAGGCUCUAUUAACUAUCUGCAGGGAAGACAGAUUAUGAAUGACUGAUUGUAUCAACUAUUAUAUUGGUUUGAUGUCCAAGCAGAGACAUGGUCCGUCUAGUCAGUUCCACCAACGCGUAUGGAACUGACACGUUGGUUACAGUUCUUAGGCAUAAGAAGUUUUGUCCCUCAUUGGUCAACACUCUUUGUCUUGUAAUUUAUUGCAUAUAUAUUUGUGAUCGUGUUUGAGAGUAAUAAAAGAGAUUUAUCAUGAAGAGAA